UGUCAAUCGGUGGUACGUUCGACGGCUUCUAGAAUGGUCGCAAACGCGAACAGUUACUCCGUCUGCUCAGUUGGUACAAGUAUUGAAGCCUCAGAAUGCUAGUCAGAGGCUGGAUUUCGUAUACCAGAUGAUUGAUGAUUUCUUCGUGUCUGAACUUGUAAACUUCAAUGUUUAUAAACACACGCGUCCAAUAGAUCUCUGCCACGAAUUCGUGGAAUUUUUCCAUAAGUUGGCCUCCAUGCGGUCGUUGUUUAAGUGAGGUUAUGUCAAAUUUAAAAUUUAAGAUGAAAAACUGACGUUCCUGGUAGCCGUCACAGAAAAUCCCCGCCGAGUCAUACACAAUUUUAUUGUUAGAUUGAAUUAAUGCCGCGAGUUCAGCGAUUUACAUUUUUAAGAAUUAAGUUUCCAAGCAAUUUAUUUUAAUAUGUUUCAACAUUUUUUCAAAUUUCUUACUUUUCUUAAAAUUGUAAACUUUAUGUCAACUUACUUUUGAGACACCUUGUAUAAUCUAUACUGCGCAUACUUGAGAAUGCGCAGAAUCGAGCUGGAACCUUUGAGAAUAGAUAAAUCGUUGUCUUAAUCUUAGUCGAAACAGCUUCCACUCAUAGAAAUUGUCUAUACAUAUAUUAUGUUAAAAACAAUAUUAAAUUAACUUUACUAUGUCUAGCAUUGGGAUUCAACGGAACUUUAAAAAUGAUAUCGGGAGGAUACAGAGACGUCUGUCCACAAAAAGGAUAUUGUAAACAGUUAUAUUGCGGACAGCUCGAUUCGAAGAUGUCAUGUUUUUUAAGUGCAACUAAAAAAAAAGGUUUAACCAUCAUUUACGUGGUGAGAAACGGUGUUUGUGUACAAGUACCAAGUAAAAUAGUCCUAAGGAAAAACGAUUUAAAGAGUUGGGAUCUUAUUUUAAGGUUUCUAAGUAAGAAAUUAGAUAUACCGGAAGGAGCGGCAUAUAUUUGUACCAUAUUUGGAGAAAUGUUGUGCGAUCCUCGGGAAUUACAACACGGAUUUGUAUACGUUGUAGUACCUUACCAAGAAGAUUUCGUCAAACUCGAUUAUUUACAAUGUUUCAAGUACAUGUGUUGUGAAUAUAGGCGAAAUUACGUUGUUGAUAUUAAACCGGCGAGCUGUUUAUCCAAAAGAAAAAAUAAAUAUGGAAAUAACAAGAAAACAGAACAUUCGACUAGUGAAAAAAUUACAUCGUGUACUUGUUCUCCCAAUUUUUCUAAACAAACUAAUAAUAAAAAUCCUGCUGGUUGUUCAGACGGAGCUGUUACAUCUGAUUUAUACAAUUUUGACAUAGACAGUAUUGAAAUAAAUGAAGAAGUAAUUUGCUCUCCUUGCUCUAAAUUGGAACUUAAGAAUAGUGUGAAUGUGGAAAAACCGUGUUACUGUGGCAACUGCUCUCCUCGUCCCGAAGUGAAGGAAAUUCACAAUUUACAAAAUUACGAAUAUAACAUUUGUAAUAAUUUCAUAAAUACCAACGAAAAUGAUAAUAAUUCUCCGGAAACAAUCAAAACACCAUUUUUCUUAAACUAUCUCAAAAAGAUUUCUAAUCCCGACAAAGACAACGUAAUACAAUUAAUAAAACCUUGUGGACGUGAAGCUUGUCCAGUAAAAAUAAAUCGCAGAGCUAAUUCCAAUCAGAACAAAGAAAAUCAAAUAAAAGAAAAAAAAUUAGUUGAAGGUUGUUUUUAUGAAAACAUGACUGGCAAAUUUAAACGUGAUUCCCACUGUUGUCCAAAGAAAAGGAAUACAAAACGUUUACCGUUCUGUACAGAUCACAGCGGUAAAUUGGAUGGUCCUGUAGAUGAUAGUACAUCAAAUUGUAUCGAUGAACAAGAAGAACGAAAUUACAGAAAAGGUUAUUGUGCUUCAUUUAUUAGAGUACAACGGAAACAGGAUCGAUUACAAAUACAACCCAAAGGAUAUCGAAAACCGUUAACAGAAUGUCUCCCUAAGACAAAAUUUAUAAAAUGCAAAUCAAAGACGUGCUUCAUGUGUAGAGGAAUAUCAAAAAUGAAAAUUGAAAUUGAAAAAAUGAAAAGUUGUCCCGAUUUAAAAGAAAUUAUCGAAAUGUCACGACGUAGAAAAAUUUGUAACAAAAAUAAGAUACCCACAAAGACUACCUCCACUCUGUACAUUGAAGCGUUACAUCCACGAUCAAAUUGUAAACCAAUACAUAAUACACCUGGUCCUUGUUCUUUUGGUUUGGGUAAUCGCUCUGGUAGGUUUUGUUAAACCCAACAAAUAUCUACAGAGUGAAAAAAUAAAUUAUUAGUGAAAAAUUUUUUUUAAUUUCUACUUUGUGUUUACGGGUUAAAUAAUUCAAAUAAUAUUUUGAUAUUUCUAUCUUUAUCUACAUGUUUCGUAUUUAUUUUAAUUAACCAGGUAUACAUCUCUCAAUUUUCCAUGAUAAUUAACAAAUAAUUAUUGAUAUUUUACUUGUUAUAUACAAAUAUAAAUAAAAAGAACUCUAUCCUAUUUUAUAGUCUUUAUUAUUAUUUUGUAUGAUGAACAAUUUAUUAAAUUCUAUUUUUUUAUUAAUAAACUCUCUAAUACACAUAUAUCAGUAACUUCUCUAAAUCUAGAGCGUUUAUUGAAUAUAUGGCAGCAUGUUGACAUUUGACAUAAUUAUAGUUUUUCUAUAAAAAAGAAGAAACGAAUAUAGAGUUGAUAUUAAAGGUAUAUUGUAUUAUUGGUAGAAAUAGAUAGAGCAUCGAUUUACCACUCUCUAUUCGCUAUUAAAAUCAAAACUUGUCAUUUUUCCCCUUUGGCGUUCACCCUACUCAAACAAUUGACUUCAUGGCGAUCUGGAAUGGAAAGUAUUCGAUAUAACACAAGAGACCAAAUUGAUUACAUUUCUGUAGCUACAGUAUAGCCAAACUUAUAAACAGCAUAAGUUUAUUGAGAAAAAAUAAAAUAAGACCGAUUUAGUAUCAUUUGCAAUUAACAAAUAGAUAAUAGCGAUUUAAUUUAUUUUUAUACUAAAUUGGUUGAUAUUUAGAUUAAAUUGUUCAUUACAAAGUAAUCAUAUCAUAUAUGAAUUAUUCUGACUGGAUACGCGAUAAUGAAUGAAAUUAUUUGUGGCGUUGCAUUUCAGAAACUGUGAGUAUAAUUAUUUUUUUAAUUAUUCGGGUAUUUUGGUAUAUAUCUCUGAUUUUUCUUGAAAAAAACUUCAAUUAUUGAACAAGUAUGAUUCGUUGUUGUGUAGUUUGUGGAAACGUGGAUCAUUUAUUUCCAAAUUAAAAUUUUCACAGGUAAAUGUGGUUAUGUUUUGUCAGGAAAACAAUUUUGUUUGUCGCCAGUGGCGAGUCAUUAAUUUUUGUUACUAUUAUUGAAAUAUUUCGUUGCCUUACCCAACUAUUAGUACUAGUUUCUUGGAUAUUUAUAUUACGUGAAAAAAUAGUAUGUCGUCAUAAAUUUUCUAUGAUUUUUAAUAAAAGAAUUAUUCUUGUGAUUUUUUUUAAAUAAAUUUAGUUUAAUAUUUUGA